AUGGUUAAGCCAUCCUGCUACCGCUUUUCGAUCAUCAAACUUCAUCUCCAAGGAGUCUCGGCGAGCGAAAUCCACCAGCAUCUUGGUGUACAUCGCAGUGUCAUCUACAGGACAAUUAAACUCUACAAGGAGCUAGGAACUGAAGACGACCGACCCGGAAGAGGAUGGCGUGCCACCGUCGCUACCAUGGACAAUAUCAGGAAGGUACGUGAGAGGAUUCGGAGACAACCGUCGCAGAAUGUAGCGAGAAAUGGACAUUAG